UUCGAGUGAUAUCCGCCGCCAUGGCGCCACCGCCAUUGCUGUUGCGACAUAUGUAGCGUGACAAGUCAUGUCAAUUUUGUUCAUGAUAUAUGAAAAACUCCAAUGGCAGAUUCUUUUUUCGGGUUCGAUACUUCGUUUCAGAACCUAAAUGACGACGAAGGUGGCGGUGAGCCUUCGGAGGAUGAGUAUGAUGCACUCAACGAUGAGACGUUUGGACAGGAUUCGGACGAGCUGGACUGGGAGGUGGAGCACGAGCAGCUGGCGGAGCAGCUGGAGAGCAGCCGGCGGCACCACACCCAAGUAGACGAUGUCAACUCACAGCUCGAGGCGUCCCUGGCCAAGCUGGUGCUGGACGAGCCGGAGCCGGCGCACAUCUCGCUGGGCUCCUCCGUGUGGCGGCACGACCUCUCCUUCGCCGCGCCCGCGCCCGCGCCCCACAUACCACCCACUCCCGUGCCACCACUCAAAAAUGUAUGCACCGUGGAGGAGCUGGAGAGGCAGCUGCGCCAGAGUCAGCAGCAACAGCAGGCCCCCUUCCCCACACAGAACUACUAUCAGCAAAGAUUUCCAACCAUGAUUCUACAAAGACCACCGGGUCUUCAGGCGCCGGUCCCCCUGCCCUUUGCGCCUCAGCAGCCCAUAGGACACAACAUCGGUCAGAUGGGCGCGCCACUGAACAAGGUCAUCGGCCAAUCCGGACAAAUCAGCCAAAUGGCUCAAGGAAAUCAAGCAAUGCAAAACCAUAUGAUGCAAAAUGUCAAUCCAUUGGGUCAGAACUUGAGUCAAAUGACACAGAACGCAAAUCAAUUGACCCAGAAUAUGAAUCAAAUGAGUCAAACUAUGAACCAGAUGACGCAGAAUAACCCUUUUAUGCAAAACAAUCAAUUGAACAGUCAGUUUCAGAACAACCAAAUGGGACAGAGCAUGAUGAACCAAAUGCAACACAACAUGCAGAAUAUCCAUCAGAUGAGCCAAUCCAACCACACGCUGCAGAGCCCCAUGGCACAGAGUAUGAACCAAAUGGAUCAAACUAUGGCGCAAAUGAGCCAGAGUAUGAACCAAAUGAAUCAGAUGAAUCAAAUAGGCCAGAGUAUGAACCCUUUAGGACAGAAUAUGAACCACAUGUUGUCUAACGGCGGCCAGUACGGGCCGGGCAUGAACCAGUUCCCUCACAUGCUGGGCCAGUCCCGGCUCCCUCCGCCUCCGGGGAUGGGGAUGCAGCGGCAAAAUUACAGUCCAAGUAUGAACCAAUUUAAUCCUAAUUUUCGUGGCCCAAUCACAGCCAAUAAAUCAACAGAACAACAAACACAAAUAAAUCAGAAUAUGAUGAUGAACCAACAUGUAAAGAAUCAACCGCUAAUAAACCAGAAGAUUGCCAAACCCGCAAUGAACUCUCCGCAGAUGAUGCAGCAGAACCCGCAGCAGGUCAACUCACAGCAACUGGCCACUCAGCAAAUGAAUGCGCCGCAUAAAAACUCCCAGCUAAUUAACAGUCAGCCAAUGAACUUGCAGCAAAUGAACUUGCAACAAACGAACUUGCAACAAAUGAACUCGCAGUCUAUAAACUCGCAAAUGAACUCUCAGCAGAGCAACAUGAAGCAAACGAAUCAACAAAUAAACUCGAAACCUGCGAACGCGCAGAUGAGCAUGCACGUCUCGCCUCAGAACAAAGGCAGCCAAGCCGCGCUCAAGCCGCCCGCCAACCAGAGGAACGAGAAGGUGCAGAAGAGCCGAGUGUACAAUAACACCAACACCAGCACCAAGAUGAUGAAUUCACAGAACCUGGCCAAGUUCCUGCUGCAGUCCACGUACCCCGUGCUGCCCUACAACAGCUUCCACAACGCCAGCCACCACCCCAUGCUGAACCGCGGCGCCGUCUUCACCAACUCGCAGUUCAUCAACAACCACCCCAUGUUCAACAACCAACGCAAUGGCACAUACAAUAAUGUCAACAGACACAUGAUGAACGGCGACGACGACGACGACGACGGCGCCGGCGGAGGCGGUGGCGGUGCUGGCGGUGGCGAGGUGGACGAGUACGCGGGCCUGAUGACGUCGCGCGAGAAGCAGUGGCUCAUCAACAUACAGAUGCUGCAGCUCAACACCGGCACACCUUACAUACACGACUUCUAUUACACCGUAUUCCUCGAGCGACAGGCGAAUAAAGAGAAAGAGGGUGUAAAAGAGGCACACAAGGCUAACCAGCAAAAUCAUCCCUUCUAUAGUGGAGGUGUGAAGCAGGAGGCGGGCGGCCGCGAGCGGCGCAGCUCGCACCGCCACAGCACCAGCGAGGACGCCGCGCCGCGCCACUACACGCCCGCGCAGUUCGAGAACUCGCUGGGAAAACUGCAGUGCGGCAGCGUGACGGCGCCGCGCAAGAUCAUCGACGUGGAGGUGGUGUCGGAGCCCGCCGCCGGCCGCGGCUCGCGCGCGCCCAGCGCCGCCAGCACCACCAACCCCGCAGAGGUGCCGCGCGAGGUGCGCCGCACGAAGCAGGUGCUGCUGGAGAUCGAGGCGAUGUACGUGACGCUGCUGCGCCUCGAGGAGCUCAACGACCCCCUCGCCAUCGCCAACGCGCUCAUACUCAAGGAGAGAGAAGAGAAGCAGAAGCAGAUGGAGGCGGCCCAGAAGGAGGCGCUGGAAAACUCUGCGGAGGACGAAUCCAACCUGUUCCUCAAGAACAUAGAGUCUGUGCAGCGCAGACCCAAGCAGGACAGCCCCAAGAGCGACAGCAUCGACAAGAGACAGGUGGUGAGCGUGGCGCUGGGCCAGAAGCCGCCGCCGGUGAAGAACCUGCUGGACGAGGACCGCGAGGAGCUGCUCGCGCGCAUGUUCGCCGCGCUGCUGCACGCCGACCGCCUGCCGCAGGUGCUCGCCGUGCGCAAGGGCAGGGCGCUCGUGACGCGGUUCGUGAGUCGAGCGCCUUACGAUAUUCAAGCUAACGCCGUCGGCAAUCGGUGA